UUGAUGGGCCAAUGUAAGAAAGGAGCAGAGUAGGUUUGUAUUCUACGUGGAUGUUUGGGAAUGAACGAAGCAUGUUGAGGAGGGUGGUACCCGUAGCCGGGUUCAUUUCUAGGAGGUUACGAGCAGUGCGGCAAGUGCAUGGAGAUGGAGAUGGAGUUGGCGAAGAGCGUUUACAUUUUCACAAGAGCAAAGGUCAACACAUUCUCAUCAACCCUAGAAUUCUUGACACCAUCGUUCGCAAAUCCGCCAUAAAUCCAACCGACACUGUCCUCGAAAUCGGACCCGGCACCGGCAACCUCACCCUCAAGCUUCUCGAAGCUGCGCACAAGGUAGUAGCAUUCGAGAUUGACCACCGCAUGGUCCAGGUUCUCGAGAAGCGCGCUCUUAAACAAGGUCUCAACGAUAAGCUCAGGGUUAUACAAAAAGAUGCAAUGAAAGUCCUGUUCCCGCGGUUUGAUCUUGUUGUGGCCAACAUUCCUUAUCAGAUAUCUUCCCCUCUCGUGAUCAAACUGGUGUAUGGGCCGAGGCCGUUUCGGAGUGCCACUCUUCUUCUUCAGAAAGAGUUCGCUCGAAGGUUGUUGGCUAAUCCCGGUGACUCUGAGUUUAGCCGGCUGUCGGUGAAUGUGAAGCUUCUGGCUGAUGUAGAGCUUGUGAUGAAUGUAAGCAAGAGGGACUUUCUCCCUUCCCCCAAAGUUGACUCUUCAGUGGUCAUAAUCCGCCCUAAGCCUCAGGUUCCCAAUGUGGAUCUCCGUGAGUGGAGGGCUUUCACCUCGAAUUGUUUUAAUAACCGUUACAAGACACUGGGGUCAAUUUUUAAGAAUAAGAGGAAAGUCUUUGAGUUGCUCAAAAUCUCUAAUGAAAACGAUAAAGCUUCUUCUCACAAGGGUGAUGAUGCUGAAGAUGAAGGAGGCUUUACCUCGUUCAAGGAAAAGAUUAUUGGUGUGCUUAGAACGGGAGAGUUUGAAGAUAAAAGGCCUGCAAAACUUUCUAUCGAGGAGCUUCUGCAUUUGCUCUCUUUGUUCAAUCAAGCUGGCAUUUAUUUUGCAAACCAUGGACAUCUCAAGAGGGAAGAUAGGUUUGAUGCCGAUGAUUAGUGCACCCUGCCUUUAUGUUUAUCAACGGCUGUAUCAUUGUUUAUUUUUUUACUAGAAUUCAAGCCUUCUUCAUUUGGUAAUAUUUUUUGAGACAAAAAAAAAAAAAAAACGAGGGAGCGAGAAAGAAUACGGGAAGGGAGAACAGUUAACUCUAACCAUUAUUGAUUGGUUUACUUAAAGCAGCAUCUUAGCAUUGCAGGACCGAAAUCAGCUCUUUAUUAUAUGCCUUAACGUGAAAAAGGACCAAAAGAUGUACCCUCAUGGGUGCAUUGGCGAAGGCCAGAAGCGGCAAAUCAAACUUAUAAUGCAGUACAUGGAAGUGAGCAAGGCAGUGCUUGUUUCUAAAUACGAUUCAAUUCAAAGAGCACAAGUUGAAACUAACUUCUGGCAUCCUGGUGUUUAAGAAUGCUGUUAUAUCUUUAGGAUCAUGAUAGAAAAUGCGAAUUUUAGUUUCUGGUUUAAAUAUCUGAUUCCAAAUAAACUUUUUUUUAGUGCAUCUUAUAAUCUAUUAUACUGUCUUCUUUCUUUGACAA